UCUGCAAGGGUUGAUAGCCCCUAUUGACAGAAUAGUUCCAACCGUUAUUAACUCCAGCAGGAGUAUGAAGAAUUUUCAAUCGCCACACUUUGGAGCUUCUAACAGCGACAGUGAGGAAGAAAUUGAUAUCGAUAUUGAACCAGUGCAAUUGACAUAUAUCUUGGAAGGUGGAAAUCCUGAAGAAUUAGAGGAUUUGGUUGUGUAUUUGUCAGACGGAGAAUCUGUAGCUUCGGGUGCAAUGGAAGACGUCGGGGAUUCCGACAGCGACUCGUCGUUCAGAGCGGAUGAUAGCACACUUUCCGAUAGCUCUUUAGAAUCUGACAAUGAGGAAGAAACCGCAGAGGGCACACAGAGCAAAAGAGAAAAAUCCGAAAAUCCAACGGAGAGUGAGGGCACAACAGAAGACGCUGCCCCUCGUCGUGUCAUCGACGAUUACGAUGAAGAGAUGGAAGAAGAUGAAGUGAUAAAGGCAAUCAUUACAGAGAUCAAGAAACCACGCUCCAAACCACCAAAUAUUCAAACAGAGGAUUUUAUCAUUGAUCUGUCGUUUCACCCGACCGAAGAUAUUCUUGCUGUCGGGACCUCGGUGGGAGACGUCCUUAUGUACAAGUAUGCGAAUGAGGCGAAUGUGCUCUCUGCCACGCAAGAACUACAUACGAAAUCAGUGCGUUGCGUGGAAUUCGCCCCGGAUGGUAUAUCGCUCAUUUCGACUGGUCGAGAACGAUCCAUCGUUGUUAUGGACGUCGAGACUGGCAAGUUUAAGCGAUUCUGGGAAAAUGCGCACGACGAGCCGGUGUAUUCAAUGGCAGUGGUCGGACAGCAUUUGUUCACAACUGGCGAUGAUGAUGGAACGCUGAAACUGUGGGACGUUCGUCAGCGAGAUGCGGUGUUUUCGCUGCGACCGGUGGAAGAUUUUAUUUCGUCUAUUCUUGCAAACCACCACCAACAAAAGUACCUGCUAAUGACUAGCGGAGAUGGACUCCUUACGACGAUAAACAUUGCGCAACGGAAAAUGUACGUACAGUCCGAACCAUACGAGGAGGAGCUCAACUGCAUGGGAUUGUACAAGCGCGAGAGCAAGCUGGUAGUUGGUACCUCCAAAGGCAAUUACUACACUUUCAACUGGGGACAGUUUGCCUACCACUGUGAUGCUUUCACUGGACCUCCGGCAAGCGCGAACCGCAUGGUACCGAUCACGGAGCAAAUUGGCGUGCUAGCGGGCGAAGACGGAAUCAUUCGUGCGAUGCACCUUGUGCCUGGCCGGGUGCUUGGUAUCGUUGGUCAGCAUUCGAUGGCUGUCGAUACUCUGGACAUUAGCGGUAAUGGUGAGCUGAUCGCCACCAGUUCCCACGACAAUGAUGUGCGCUUUUGGAAUAUCAAAUAUUUCGAAAAUUUCGAUGGAAUCAAGUAUAACAGUAAACCGGAUAAGCGAACGUUGCAGCACAAUCUGCCGUCGUCCCAGCGCACCAAUGCCCGGGACUUCUUUGCAGGGCUGGAUGAGUAACAUGUGUUUGAUGCUGAAAGUGUUCUACCGACACAGGGAAAGCUACUAGGCUAAGAGCCAGUGUCUUCAUACUGUAUAUGUUGCGAGGGAACGCAAAUAGUUACGUUGUUUACAGUAAUAAGAUCGCUGUAUUUUGCACGAUCACGUUUACCGGCGGCAUUGUCAGAUGUUUAUUAAACUACAUAAGUAA